CCGCCUGGCUGGCACUGCCAGUGCAGCAGAAGAAGUGCCCACCACUUGGCGACACCCCGUGAAGUGCCGAGGAGAAAAUUGGAUUCCUAUUUUACACACUUUCCGGCGUUAAUUGACGUCCUUUCACCUGCUUUCUCUGGGCAAGGACGCGCGGUGUCCAGGGUGGCCGGAGAGUGGACACAGGUAGUGACCUACCAUCAGGAACUGACCGCCGACCUCCCGCGCCUUGCCGUGUCUCUUCCACUCCACUCCGCUCCGCUCCUUUCUCCGCUCUCCUCUGACAGAUGGUGUGAAAGCAGCCGAAGGCAGAGCCGGACUACCCCCCUCCCUCACCACCGCCGCGAACGAAGAAGGGAGGCGCUCAACCACUUUGGCACCGAGCUCCGACAGAGCGCCCGGCCGCCCAACGCUGCGCCACGGCCGGUCACCGCAGAGCGCAGGAGCCGCUGCCCGCCAGAGGAGAUCCGUCGCAGAGGGGUCAGUUCGAAGGGCCACAUUUGGGGCCAGUACAGAGCGGUCAGUUUCGGGUUGCCAGCGAGCGGCGGGUUUUGGGGCCAGAUUGCGGUCGGUAUACAGGAGCAGGAGAAGGAGGAGGAGAGCCGACCCUUCCAGCGCUGCUCUCCGGGCGAUGCCAGUGUAAAUGCCAGGGCGAUGUCCCGACGCAAGCAGGGGAACCCGCAGCACCUGUCCCAGAGAGAAAUAACACCAGCGGUUGAGCAUCCAGAUGGCAGCCUGCUCUCCGACUCUUUACCCCCCCACCCACUUGGCCUGCCAUCCCACCCACUUGCCCUACCUCCCCACCCGCUGGAGCCCAGCCUGGCCCACGCCUUGCCACCCGGCCUCCACUCUGACCACGACCUGCUGACCUGUGGCCAGUGCCAGAUGACCUUCCCGCUGGGGGACAUCCUUCUCUUCAUUGAGCACAAGAAGAAGCAGUGCCAAACGCUGCUGCUGGCCAAUGGCUGCUACGACAAGAUGACCGACCGGGGAGGAGGAGGGAGCCCCACUCUGCAGAGCCUUCAUCACCAUGGCCAGCGGGUGGAGCUGAGGAAGGUGGUGGAGCCGGUGGAGAUCGGCAUCCAGGUCACACCAGAAGAGGAGGAAGAGGUGGGAGGAGGAGUGGAAAGAGGUGAGAGGGGAGAGAGGACGCCCACCAAAGGAAUUUGCCCAAAGCAGGAAAAUUCACUGGCAGGUGGCAGGGAUGAGCCCUCCAAUUACAUAUGUACCACAUGUAAGCAGCCCUUCCCCAGUGCCUGGUUCUUGCUGCAGCAUGCCCAGAACACCCAUGGCAUUCGCAUUUACCUGGAGUCCAACCCAUCCAACACAGCCCUCACCCCACGCAUCACAAUGCCUCCACCCAUAGGCAAUGACUCCAUCCCACAGUCCCCCCUCACCAACUUUCUUGGGGACAACAAUCCCUUUCACCUCCUAAGAAUGACAGGUCCCCUGCUCCGAGAGCCCCCGCCAGGCUUUGUGGAGAACCGCCUCCCCAACACACCUCCUUUUGUCAGCCCACCUCCCCGACACCACCUGGAUCCCCACCGGCUGGAACGCCUUAGUGCAGAGGAAAUGGGCCUCAUCUCCCAGCACCCCAGUGCCUUUGAGAGAGUGAUGCGGCUAACACCCAUGGCCAUGGAGUCCCAGUCCAUGGACUUCUCCAGACGAUUACGUGAGCUGGCAGGGAACACCAACAGCACCACACCACCGUUGUCACCCAGCAGGGCCAACCCUAUGCACCGACUUCUAAACCCCAACCCCUUCCAGCCUGGGCCAAAAUCUCCCUUUCUGAGCACACCUCCCUUACCGCCAAUGCCCCCAAACAGCACCACUCCUCCUCAGACACAGAACAAGGUCAAGUCCUGCGAGUUCUGUGGUAAGACCUUCAAGUUCCAGAGCAACUUGGUGGUGCAUCGGCGCAGCCAUACCGGAGAAAAACCAUACAAGUGCCAGCUGUGUGACCAUGCCUGUUCUCAGGCAAGCAAGCUGAAGCGACACAUGAAAACCCACAUGCAUAAAGCUGGAUCCCUGACAGGGCGCUCAGAUGAUGGACUGUCGACCACAAGCUCGCCAGAGCCAGGUACCAGUGACGUCACGGGGGAGGGCAUCAAGAAUCGUGAUGGGGACUUCCAGGUGGAAGGCAAUGAAGAGGAAGAGGAGGAGGAAGAGGAAGAGGAGCUUGAGAAUGAGAGUCGACCAGAAUCCAACUUCAGCAUGGAGUCUGAGUUCUACCGGAAUCGAGAGAAUGGUUCUAAACCACCCUCAGAGGAAAAGUCAUCACUUGCGCUUGAGAAGAUGGUGGAAAGUGGGGCACUCAAUUCUAUACAGCAGUACAAUAACUUGAUAGUUGACAAUCGUAAAAGGAUGCCCUUCUCCAAAAGGGGCUCAGAUGGCCAGCGUGACACUGGGGAUGAUGACUCAGUGAUUGGGGAGAUGGACCACCACCAGCAGGAAGAGAGGACCACCAUUAAUGGCCGGAACUGUGGCUCUGGUGACUCUUUCUCAGGCCUGUUUCCCCGUAAGCCCACCCCCAUCACCAGCCCCAGCCUGUCCAACUCUUCAAAUAAGAGGAUCAAGAUUGAGAAGGACUUGGACAUCCCCCCGGCACCCCACAUCCCCUCUGAGAAUGUCUACUCCCAGUGGUUGGUGGGCUACGCUGCCUCACGUCACUUCAUCAAAGACCCUUUCCUAGGUUUCACUGACUCCAGACAAUCUCCCUUCGCCACCUCCUCUGAGCACUCGUCAGAGAAUGGAAGCCUGCGAUUCUCAACACCUCCAGGCGAUCUUCUAGAUGGUGGGCUGUCAGGUCGCAGUGGUACUGCCAGUGGGGGCAGUACGCCUCAUCUGGGUGGGGGCCCUGGCCCAGGCCGACCUAGCUCCAAGGACAGCAGGAGGUGUGACACCUGUGAAUUCUGCGGCAAGGUAUUCAAGAACUGUAGCAACCUGACGGUGCACCGGCGCAGUCACACUGGCGAGAGGCCCUACAAGUGUGAGCUGUGCAACUAUGCCUGCGCCCAGAGCUCCAAGCUCACACGCCACAUGAAGACACAUGGCCAACUUGGUAAGGAGGUCUACCGCUGUGACAUUUGCCAAAUGCCCUUCAGUGUGUACAGCACUCUGGAAAAACAUAUGAAAAAGUGGCAUGGAGAACAUUUGAUGACCAGUGAGGUCAAAAUUGAACAAGCAGAGAGAACCUAAAGCAAGUUCCCUAUUUCCAUACUCUGCACCACACUUUGACCUAAAAAAAAAAAAGAACAAUAUGGGGUAGCUGGAUACUCUUUUUCUGAAAUAUUAAUUUUGGGUUAAUUUUGUGUUUUUGCCUAAGAAACUGCCAACUGAGAAAAAAGUGAAAACAGACAUCUUAACACCAAUUGAAGCUGUCUAAACUGCCUCAUUUGGUGUUCCUUUUUAAACAAUCAGUCAGUUGAGUUAUAACAUAUGUGGAGCCUUUAACUGUGCAAUAAUUUCUGUAUUUAUUGGAUUUUGUAUUUUGGCAUGUGCAGGUACAUUCUUAUUUAGGCAUUUUUUAAAAAUUGUUUUACUUUGUGUUAUUCUGUUUUUUAAAAACCCACAUGAUAUCCUGAGAGUUUUUUAGAAGACAAAAGUCCAUUUUAAGUAAACUUUUUUGGCCGCUACAUGUAGGAAAUUGUAGACUAAGCUAAAAAUGUGAUUUCUUGAAAAGAAGCUGAAUUCAAUCUUCAAUUUGGAAGUGGCGUUAACUGAGAAUGCUAGAAUUAGUUUAUUUUGUGUGAUGAUGAUAUGCGGAUAACAAUCCUUUGGCAUUGUAGCAUGAACUGACUCUAAAACAUGUUAAUAUAAUUGGAUAUGUAGCACUGAGUGUCAUAUUUGACAGUAAAUGUAAAAUCAAAGAGGUUUCCUCCUGAGAAUACCAUAACCAGCCAGAAGAAACAGAUUCUAAAUAAGGCAGCUGCUGACUGGUAUGUAGUACCAAGUCCUGACAACGCUAUGACAACCACCCCUCAUUUCUUCUGCUUUCCACACUCCCAUCCACUUACUAUCAUCUUACCUACAUUCACACAUCCCUGGUAUUAUAUUUGCAUGAAGCCAUAUGAUCUAGGCUAUAUUAUUUAUUAGGAGUAAACUGGGCAUGAAGCCAUGCAAGACAAGUAUACAUAGAGAGAGAUGGAAGGAGGCAUGAGAUUGAGCACAGGGACAUCUCAGGGUGAGCUAUACUACUUUUCUUUAUUUAUCCACUCAUUCCUAUGUUCCAGAGCCACUUCCAUUUCAUCAUAUGUUGAAAUCAUUAGGGACAGUGAUGUCUUAUUUCCUCCUCCUUCUGCCCUGCUGUAUCUCGCUAAUCUUCAAGUUUUAUCCUAUCCUCCCUUCAGUACACAUAUUUGGAGUCACAGCUUCAAAUUAUUACACAAAUUAGUUAAGAGAGGGUUAAAUGUAUAUGCAUACAUGGCAGAAGCCACCACUUUAACUGGAUUUCUGCAGAAUAUCUGUCUCAUAUUUUGUUGUCGAAAUUUAUAAAAAAUCAACAUCCCUAUGCAUUUUUAUGGUAAAAUAUAUUACAAUUUGUUGAAAUGACAUAAGUAGUAAAUUUUGACUUGUAUUGUUAUAGUGAUUCUAUAAUUGUAUAAUCUGAUUAAUGAAGUCACCUCUCCAGGAAUAAGAAUCCUUCACUGUUUCACUGUUGCUUGUGGGACACUUUUGUGUAGAAGAGGAAAAAUGUGCAAGUGUGUGCUGAAAUAUUAAGACCAAUAUUAAGACAAGAAGAACCAUCUCACUCCAUGCUUUUGUUAGUUUUAAUAUCAUAACCAAGGUUUUCUUUCAUAGUGACAAUUUUUAAAUCAGAUCUAAUUUAAAUGUUGUCAGUGUACAAAUUUGGAGCUCUUAACAAUAGACCCGCACUUUAUGAUUUUCCGUCCAACAAGGUACUGAAGGGUCUAGAGCUUGGGACCUCCUUACACUGAAGUGCCCAGGGUUGUUAGGCUUGGCUUUCCCAAUGCUGGCACUAUAAAAUAAUUUAAAAAAAUAUAUAAUUUAUCUGUGACAGUUUUUGUACUGCCAUUCAAUUUGACAUGAGUGUGCCUUGAAUAAUGAUCUUCCUAUUUAUUGUCUCAGACAAAUGCAACAGUUUUUAUGAAGUAUCAAAUUGAACAAGAAAAAGAAACAAAAAAAUUACAUAAACAUGUAAUUUGACAUUUCAACAGAAUUAUUUAAAUUAAUACAAAUGAAACAAUGCUGAGUUUAGGUUUAGGAGUACCCAGCACAAUACUGAUGUGUCUGUGUGUGUAUAUAUGUAUACAUAUGUACAUAUAAAGGCACAACAUAUAUAUAGAUAUAUAUCAAAUUCCUCACUCAUAAAGACAAGAGUCUUUCCCUCAACAGAAAAUUCCAGGAGUGAACGAAAGCCACACAAAAAGUCAAGGAAAAGACUGGACAGAAAUCAGGAACUGCAGAAACUAAAAAAAAUAAUUUAGUGCACUCUGUCUUAAAAUAAGUUUACAGUAUUGAAACAAGUACAAGGGUAAAAUAAUAUUUGUGUGUAUGUGUGUUUUGAACAAAAAAGUAUUUUUUUUUUCCCAGGUUUGCUUCUAAGGUUCCUCUAAAUGCCAUAGUGGCGCGGUGUAUAUUGUUUUUCUUUCUUUUCUUUUUUUUUCCUUCUUUUUUUUUUGGUGACUGGGUUUUAGUAUAUAUAUAAAUAUAUAUGAAUAUAUAUUACAUUUUCCUUGUUUACUGUAAAAGUAUACCAGUAUUUGUAAUAUUGGAGAAUGCCUGGGCAUUUUACAAAAAUAGAAAAAAGAUUGUUUUUUAUUUUUAUUUUUAUUUUUAUUUUUUGCAGUCCAAUUUAAAUUGUGGGUCUCUUAAACUGUUUUUGUCACUGUAACUGUAAAAGUCUUAAGUUUUAGUAACUUUUAUUCUGCCUUGGGUGUAAUGAAAUAAAAAAUAAAUGAAUUAAAAAAUGACUGAGCUGUAACACACUUGGAUUUGGUGGGGGGAGUUUGGAAUGCCGGUGGGUGGGUGCUUCAUUAACAGAUGGAGGUUUUCUCCCUUAGAAACAAUGGAACAUAGGUUCUGCUUUUCAGGAAAGUCACACUGAGAAUCCUGAUUUGUUCCUAUUUUUCUUCUUCUGGAAUGGAUAAUUCUUCAUGGAUGGUUUGAAAUACAUGUAUAGGCACUUGCUGUCUUUCCUAAGGAGCUUGUCUUUUUUAACUUGUAGGUUAUGUGCAUCCUUUGUGAAUAGGGUACUCUGAGAACCUCUGGACGUCUUGCUCUUAUACUGAGUGCAGGGGGAGGGUGACUUCAUUCCAGUGAAAAGAUAUAACUUACUGGCUGCCACAAUCUAUUUUUCCUCUCACUGGGCAGGAUGAACAGAACCUGAGGAAUUUGUACUGUUGUAAUAAGUCACAUUGUACAGAUGAGGAUCAAAAAGGUUGUGUGACAACCUUUUAAUGACAAAAACACAAGUAUGUUUUGUUUACGGCACCAUUGGUUGUACAUAGUUUUCUAUGACUACACUGUUUUCAUUUUUUGUUUGUUUUUUUUUUUGUUUGUUUGUUUGUUUGUGAUUUCUAACUGACACUGGCAGUGAAUUCCUGUGUUUUGGGGGUGGGGGAGGGGAUUCUUCUGUUUGACCUUUGUGACCUCCAUGUCAAUUUUCAGGCAUAUGCCUCCCCCAUUGAUAUUUCUCGGCAUGAGAACAGAGCACAAAUACAAGCUGUUACAAUUCUC